GUACAAAACUGAAAACCAGAGCAUCAUGUAUUUAUAUCCUCCUCGAUCGAGGAUCAUAACAUCCGUCUCUGACUCCGCUCGCAGUAACGUCUCUUUUCAUUUCUAGUUUUUUUCUUAUAUUUUUCCCUCGUUUUCUUCACUCAACCUCACACUACAAAAAAAGAAAAGAAGAAGAAUAAGAUUCCUGCAAUGAAAUUCCUCUUCAAACAAGAUCAACUUCACAAGACCCCAUAAAAUCGAAAACCCACUAAAAGAUCCUUGUGGAGAGGAUAUGCACUCAAAAUAGUUUAAAACGGUUGUUUUUUUGGUGGGUUUUCGUCGAGGAAUGUCUUGUUGCUUUGGUUUUGUUCUUUCAUCUCUGGCUUGAUCCGAAGGGCGGUGAAUUCCAUGCCGGUUUCUUGUUUUGGAACCAUUGGACGGUUGGAUGCUGAUAAGUAGAUUAUCUAGAUUUUUCUAGAUUGGGUUGUCUGGAUUCUGUUUUUGAAUAUAUAUAGAUAGACAGAGAAUGAGAACUGAGUGCAUAUGAGCUUUGUUGUUAGUGCGAGUAGUUGGGAUUUUUCGACAAUGGAGUUGAAAUUGUUUGAUUCGCGGUCGGUUUCAGCUUCGGAGGUAGGGGGUUUGUGUGGGAGGGCGUUGUCGAAUUCUCUUUCGAGCCGUGUGGGCAGCCGUGGUGGAAUCUCACGACCGUUAUCAAGUACCUGUCGAGGAAUUUCGCUCAAAGCUUCUUAUUCAGCUGCGAGAACUUCGUGUGAGAAUAUUGAUUCAGUGAGCCAAAAUGGGUUGUUGUUGGGAACUGAGUCAUCUAGGCUUAACGGAAUGAAUGGGGCACAUUCGCAUCCAUCUUCUAGAGAAAGCUAUGUCCUUCCUGCAUAUGAAGAUCAAUAUGGUGGAAUCGUGGUUGAUUACGAAAGGUUACCAUUCGACACAAAUGUUUUUGCUUCUAGCCUUCAGGUCUCUCUUGCUCAUUGGAAAUUGAAGGGAAAUAAAGGAGUGUGGCUUAAGUUGCCACUGGAACGUUCCGAGCUUGUUCCCAUUGCAGUGAAGGAAGGCUUCAUAUACCACCAUGCAGAAAAAGAGUAUUUAAUGCUUACAUAUUGGAUUCCUGAAGGACCUAGCAUGCUUCCUUCUAAUGCUUCACAUCAAGUGGGGGUUGGAGCAUUUGUCAUCAAUAACAAAAAUGAGGUGCUUGUGGUGCAAGAAAAGCAUUCUUCCCCAGCAUUUUCAGGCAGUUGGAAAUUACCAACUGGUUUUAUUCUUGAGUCUGAGGAGAUCUUCACUGGAGUUGUAAGAGAAGUUAAGGAGGAAACUGGUAUUGAUACGGAAUUUAUAGAAGUGAUUGCUUUUAGGCAUGCACUUCGCGUGGCUUUUGAAAAAUCAGAUCUGUUUUUCAUCUGCAUGCUGAAACCUUUAUCUUUUCAGAUUGAGGUAGAUGACAUGGAAAUUCAAGCUGCAAAGUGGAUGCCCCUAGUUGAAUUUGUCAAGCAACCAUCGAUUCAAGGGGACAGCAUGUUCAAGAAGACAAUCGACAUUUGCAUCAAGCGCCUUGGGAUGUGUUACUGUGGAUUAUACCCUCAUCGAGUGAUCUCGAGGUUUUUCGAUGGGAAGCCAUCCUCAUUGUAUUAUCAUCUUGUCCAGGAUGAAGAUUUCACCUGCCAAGGAGAAUGAAGGAGUGCGUGAUCUUACUUCUCUCAUCUUUCUUUGGUCAUGUGUAACAUGCUUUUCUUUCUUCUUUUUCACUUAUAUAGUGUAAACUGGGUUUGAACUUGUUAAUGCUAACUGCCGAUGAUGCAAGAGGCAUAACUCAGUAGUAAAUAUCUUCCUUUGGGGUAUCGCCAAAACGAUAUAUAUGUAAUUUAUGAAGCUCUUUUAAUGAACAUGUGACUCAUGAUAAAGGGAUUGUUUUCUUCUUGUUUUGUA